ACAAUAAAAAAAAUAGAACACAGGUGCACGAAGUCGAAAUUAUUCUAAUUUGUACAAUGGAGUUGGUCUCGUUUAUCAACAUUUUAAGCUGUUUUUGUGCCAUUUCAAUACUGUUUCUUCUCGCGAAUGAAAUAACAGCAACGGGAGAAGUUGUAUUCGCUGUCAAUUGCGGUGGACCUGAUCACACUGACCUCAAUGGAGUGCAUUAUCAGGCUGAUAAACUUGGUAUAGGAACUGCUUCGGAUUACGGCAAACGGCUCGCUAUAGGUCGCGUCGCCCCGCUUGAUCAAAUCUUAUACCAAACGGAACGAUAUCACCUUUCAAAUUUUGCAUACGAUAUCCCGAUCAAAGAAGAUGGUGAUUAUGUAUUAGUGCUCAAAUUUAGUGAGGUGUAUUUUCAAGGCCCCAAACUAAAGGUUUUCGAUGUGUAUGUUAACAACAUAUUAGCUGUCAAACAAUUGGAUAUAUACGACAAAGUUGGAAAAGGCAUUGCACAUGAUGAAUAUAUAUCAUUCACUAUAAACAAAGGACAAAUCUUGGUUGACACACAACUUCACCGAUUCCCUGGUAGUUUACAUGUAGAAUUUGUUAAGGGUUAUGACAAUCCCAAGAUUAAUGCCAUUGUUGUUAUGAAAGGCAACUUGGAAGAUGUCCCUAAAUUACCAUCGCUGCCUGGUCCCGACCAAGGUGAAAAUGAUGAGCAGGAUGAAGAUGAUGGGAAAUCUGACGAUAAACCAGACCGAGCUAGGAAAACAUCUGGUCCCAGGGCAACUGAUCCGUAUGCUACAGAUGAAAGCAGCUUACUACUACCUGUUUUUAUUGCUUUAGGGGUUUUUAUACCAACCUUGUUCUGCCUUUGCAAGUUGUAGGAAUUUUUAGGUAGCGAACUCUUGUUGCAAUGCAUUUGUCUUGGGGUGUAGUUUGGUAGAUGGAAACUUAUGGACAGUUGAGUUGGUAAUAAUGUAAGGACACAUUUUGCGCAAAUAAAAUUUGCAAUUAAAGUUA